GAGGUCUCCUACAUCAUCACUGUAUUCUCUGCUGCCGAAAUGAAGAAAGCAAAAACCAAACGCAAGCCUAUCAGCACUUCUGUCAACCUGAACUCUGAUGAACCCUGGGACACUCUCAAGGCCCAGGUCCUUGUGAAGAUUUCCAACACAAUCAGGCCCGUGUCCUCGACUUCAACUGACUAUGCCCUUACAUACCAGAUCCCACAAGUCCUCCCAAAACCUGGAUUGUCACUCAUAACGCAAGCUGAUUUCGAUGGUAUGAUGAAGCACGUGAAUGGAAUGAAUGCUGUGAGUCUGCUUGUCAACAUCACUGUUGUCCAGGGCCAAGUUCAGGGAGCAAACACUGGCAAUGAUGAAAACGAGGAUAAUGCAGAACAUGCACCAAUGAAGAAUAAGAAAUGA